AUGGUAAAUAGGGGAUCAUAUUGUAACAGGACGUGGGAUGGAGUGAUGUGCUGGCCGGACACCCCUGCGGGCACCACCAGCGAGCAACGGUGUCCAAACUACGUCAACGGUUUUAAUAUUGAAGGAUCAUAUUGUAACAGGACGUGGGAUGGAGUGAUGUGCUGGCCGGACACCCCUGCGGGCACCACCAGCGAGCAACGGUGUCCAAACUACGUCAACGGUUUUAAUAUUGAAGAGUCUGCGACCAAAAGGUGUCUGGAAGACGGUUCAUGGUUUUACAGUACUGUCUACAAUAGAUCUUGGACCAAUUAUUCCACGUGUCAGGCAAACAUUAAGGACAUCCCGGUCCUCUCGACAUUCAUGAAGGAUCAUCUUAAUAACAUUCAGCUCUUGUACAGUAUUGGAUACGGUAUCUCGCUGAUCUGCCUGGUGGUGGCGCUAGUAGUCAUGAUUAGUUUCAGGCGUCUCCACUGUCCAAGAAACACCAUUCACUGCAACCUGUUCCUGUCAUUCGCACUGAGAGCGGGGAUAACACUUCUAAAGGACAACAUACUUGAGGGGGACUUGGGCCUCCCCAACGAUGUGGUGCAACGCACCAACGGCAUCUAUGAAUUCCUAGGAAACGGAACGGUAGGUGGAUCUUAUAUUUACACCGUGCGAGUACCUUUUAAUUCCAUUUUCAAAAGAUACCAUAUGAUUACCUCAUAUUUGAUUCUUAUUCCGCUUCCUAUUUACAGGAGACUGGCCAAAUCCACCCUAGUUCUUAUGCCCUUGUUUGGCGUCUACUAUCUUCUCUUCAUCACCUUCACCCUGCUCUACGGACAGCUGGACGAGAAAGUUGAGGUGGCCUACCUCUACCUAGAAAUGUUCUUUACAUCAUUCUCUGGUGCCGUGAUAGCUUUCCUGUUCUGUUUCCUCAACAACGAGGUGAAAACAGAGAUACGUAAACGAUGGGAGAGAUAUAAACUGUCCAGGUUCGGCGACGAUCGCCGCUCCUCCAAAAACAUUAACACCUUAAUAUCUUACCUGAGUAGAAACAGACAUUCGGACUACUCCAUACACUCAAAUAAUGUGAUCAAACGAGAUUCUCCUCCGAUAAACGGGAGGAACAAUAUACCAAGCGACCGGCCGUCACAAACGCGCAAAGUUAAAGACAAUAAUGUGCUUUUAGAACUGCCAAUACGAAAGUCGAAUGGUGUUCUUGGCAAAAGCAAUGGGGUUGCUGACGUCACGCUUGACGUUGAUUUUAUCGAAAAUGACUUCACUACCACGGAAAAUGACGUCACUGUUGGGAGAAGCAAUUCACGGGCUGACUCGGACUCACAAUUGUCGGAUUCCAUUGGGAAGGAUCAGUCUACAGUAUUAUUACCCAAUAACAACUGCACUGCCGUCAUCGAAUCUCUGCCAAAGAAGCUUCACCGAGACUCCGGGAACGAAAGCGGCAGUUCUUUGUCCAAGGAUCUUCCCUUAAAGCCUCACUGCGAAGAGGGGGAUCCCGAGGAGCAAGAGGUCCUUCUCCAACGUCGAUCGAUGUCGGGAGGUAUUUCGAUGAAGUGAUUAGGGAAGCACGCACGCUGGAUGCCAUCCAUGAAUGAGCUGCUGUGUUCACACUAAGAAAUUAUGGACCGCAAUCUGUCCGCACAUGAGUCCUUUUCAAAUUUGGGAGUGUUAUAAACAUGAUCCCCGUGUUUACCUUACAGCAGAAAGAUGAAACUUGUUAGUCAAAUAAUUUUUUUUUAAAUUGUGCAUCUAUUCACUUCCUUUUGGAAAAAUAUAUGGCCUUUUAUUUAG